GGCCAGCCUCUCUCCUAGUAUAAAAAACUAUGAUGCCAUGGACAUGGAGACAAUCGAUCAUUGAUAGCGGAGAGAAAUAGUUCUGGUCAAGAGAUGGCUGCUGCUCAAGAAACUCAGAUUUCUCAAACAAAAUUGCAGCUUCCAAACAACUAUGAAGCCAUUCUUGAAGAAGCAGACUCACAAAUUGAUAAAUCCUCCUCAGACAAGCUCUGUGAACAACUCUACUCCGGACUUUUCUUGAACCAAAAGAAAAAGAAAUUUUGGGUUGACAAGUCGACCCAGAAAAUUUUCUUCGUUUUGUUUGCAAAAUCUCUCUCAUACCCGAAAGGAAACUGGAUUCUGCAACCUAUCUCAACCGCCUCUCCCGGCGGGCUUGAGGAGUUCAAGUUGCAAGAAUCACACAGAUUAAUGAUCGAGGAGGCGAUUCUGCAAGAAUCAGAUAGUUUUGAGGUGAAAGGGAAAUUCAACACAUGCAAUCUCAGCCCUCUAACAUUUUACAAAGUUUCAUUUCUGAUAAGGAUGGAGAAGCAGGCUCAGGGAUGGGAAGAUCCUGUGAACCUGAGACUCGUCCAUCCGGAUGGAAGAGAGGAAGAACGCCGAGAGAAGUUGAAGGGAAAGCCGGAAAAUAAAUGGAUGGACGUUUUAGUUGGUACGUUUACAACGUUCAUCGAUGCUGGGGAGAUGGAGUUUUCUAUGUAUGAAUUCGGUAAGAGGAAGAAGAAAGGACUCGCCGUCCUUGCAGCCUUCAUCCAGCCAUUGCCAUUCCGAAACAACUAAGAAGGAAAAUGAUAAACUAUCUAUUUCGAGGUCGAUUUGCAGAAAUAUCAAUAAGCUGCCUGCAUCCAUGCACUUCUCAUCACAAUAUGAAUGAAAAAAUAAUAAUGUGCGAGGGUUACAUACUAUAUAAUAAGCAGCAAUAAAGAAUAUCGUUUUAUAAUAA